AUGAAUCAAAGAGGAUUGGCCAUCGCCUAUUUUGUACCUUUCAAUGUUUUUUUCUUCUUUUUUAUAAUUUCCUAUUGUAGGAUUGUAACACAAAAGCCAGGAUAUCCUCCUUCUACUGUCCUUAAUAAAGAAGACAGAGAUGUAUCAUCUUCUUUAGGAGAAAAAGAUUUACAAAAGAAACCAGAUACUAUCUUAGGUGAUCCGAAAUGGUGUAACACCUGUCAAAUAUGGAAGCCUGAUAGAGCGCAUCAUUGUAGCGUAUGUGAUGCUUGUGUUUUAAGAAUGGAUCAGGUGAAUGGCUGUGUAGGUUUUGCUAAUUAUCGAUAUUAUAUUCAGUUCCUAUGUUAUGUGACCAUAUUAGCUACAUGGACAUUUUGUACCUCAUUAGCUGCAUUCAUUCAUUUUCAUGGUUUGGUAAUAUCAUAUACAUGUAUAUGA